CUGUGGAGGGCGGAGCUGGGGCUUGACGACGCGCAUGCGCAAACACCACAUCCGGUGUGGUGGUCGGGUCCUCCGGGAGGUUGAGGCUCUGUGGUUGGAGUGGUCUGCGUGUAGUCAUGUCGGCGUCGGUAGUGUCGGUCAUCUCACGGUUCUUAGAAGAGUACUUGAGCUCCACUCCGCAGCGUCUGAAGUUGCUGGAUGCGUACCUCCUGUAUAUACUGCUGACGGGGGCGCUGCAAUUCGGUUACUGUCUCCUCGUGGGGACCUUCCCCUUCAACUCCUUCCUCUCGGGCUUCAUCUCUUGUGUGGGGAGUUUCAUCCUAGCGGUUUGCCUGAGAAUACAGAUCAACCCACAGAACAAAGCGGAUUUCCAAGGCAUCUCCCCAGAGCGGGCCUUUGCUGAUUUUCUCUUUGCCAGCACCAUCCUGCACCUUGUUGUUAUGAACUUUGUUGGCUGAAUCUUUCUGUUUCCUUAAUUGAGGAGUGAGAGACAAGAACGUUCACUUUUGAUUUUCCUGGAUAAGAGUUCUUGAGAUGGCCGCUUGUUGGACCCGUGGAUUUUCUUCAGAUUUUUGCUUACUACCAACUGUUACUUGGUAUGCAGAUGGAGAGCCCAGAGAAGUUCCCUCGCUCUGUGUCAAAACAACUUUGUAAUGAAUGUUUAUUAACCUGAUCUCUGCCUUCUGUUAAGUGUAACUUUUUGCCUUCCAAAUUAAAAAACUAUAUGCCGCUCCUC